UUCACUUCGUGGAUCAACUUGUGUCGAAUCUUUCCCCUGACGACCAUCCACUCAGCAAACUACUGUGACAAUUCCUACUAUUCCAGCGGCUACCUGACAGCCUCCCUCAUAUUCUGCAGCGUCACGGGAGUACAGAACCAACCUAUGGUAUUUGGCGGACCUGGAUGAAGCCAAGAAAUAUUGCAGAUCAUGGUUCACUCGCAAUGCGAAGACAGUCAGUUCUGGUCUGUGGUCGCACCCCUGGGGGCACCCUCGACGCCAGCCAGAACUCGGUAUUCAACUUGAAAGACGGCGCCCCUGCCACCGGUUCCGCCGUGAGCUUCAUCCCGGCAAGACCCAAAAAGGGGAGGCACCUUUUCCUGCGAAGCACUGUGUCCUUCGGACGUCUGACCAUCUGUAAUCUUGGAGAUGCAUCAAGAAAC